AUGGCGCCAAGUCUCCAGGAACUGAUAGAAUUCUUACUCAACGAGGUCGCGCUCUGCGGAAAUCAAGGCACGACCUUGUCGGAGGUUCUCAAGUCCAUUGACACUUUCUAUCAGACUCACUCGGGCGACUCUCAGCUGCAACAGACUGUAGAUCGUGCCUUCAAAGUGAAGGUCUGGUCAUGGCUGACGCGUAAUCCUGAAGUGUCCGUGGGGAAGAACGGCGAAUGGAAUCGUCUCAGUCUCGAUGAAGCGGAAGAGCUGGACGCUCAGUCCCAAAAACCCUCCCAGGCGGGAGAUACCGAUGAGUUCCAAGAUGGCGCCCCCCCAGGGCUCUCUUCAAACCUCCGAAUCUUUGUGUCCACCGAGAGGAUGUGGUUUGCGAUCGCCGGGCAUGAGCCUGACGACAACAAAGUCCCAAACUCAGAGUUCGCUUUACUCUCUAUCAUUGCGUCGCACGGCGUUAAUGGCGUCGCGCAAACAGAGCUCGUAAAGCUUAGUGGCCAAGACAAACGUUCUGUACCGAAACGAACUGAUGCAUUGGUGCGCAAGGGAUACAUUCUAAAGCGAGCAAUCCAAAUCAAAGCGGCACGGACAAGUCUCUGCACUCUUCGUCGUUUUUCACAGUCUGUGAUCGGUGAAAACAACGAUCAAACUUCCCAAGAUCGGCCCAUGAUCGACUUUACCGAGUUUAUCAACAAGCUGUUUGGAAUUCUCAAACAAUAUUCAAUUAUCACUCGCAAUGACCUCAAGAGAAAGCUAGAAUUUAAUGACAAUUGGCGAUGGAGAAUUCUUUCUCGUGCGCUUCGCAAAUUUGAGCGCAUCGGCGUUGUCAAGCGUGUGAGAGCUCAGUCUCAGUACGACCGGCUUCACCCAUGUGUCAUGCUGCUUCGAGAACCCACGGAAAGGGAUAUGGAGAAAUUCCAUGACUACAGUCGGAACGAUAUUAUCAAAGACGACGGUGAUACAGUGGAGCUCGACGACGACAUUGAAAUGGACGAUGCCGGGCAAAACGCCCCCUUAGGCGCAGAAGAAGACGAAGUGGUUGUGAAACAGGAGGAAAAUCUGGUGGAUGCCGGACGCACCAUACCAGCUUGGACGCCGGACCGUAUUGUCGGGAACCAGCUCUUCGAGCUCAUUGACCGGGCUGGAACGACCGGUAUAACCAAUGCGAAUAUCAACCGGUCGUUAUUUGGAUCCUUCUACCGCAGACCCUCUGAAAGUAUUUUGCAUCGCCUGACCGACUGCUGGCAGCUCUCUCAGCCACUCCACAUUCGUCAUUUGGCAGUUGUGCGAGAUACAGCUAUCGAAAGGACUGUUUUUUACUACAUCAACUAUUCUGCAAGAAAUUUCGCCAAGAUGGUCGAAGCGGGCCAUUCUUCAUGGGAAGCCGUUGAAUUUGCGGGCAGCAAAAAGGGCAAAGCAAACAAUGCGAGGCUUCCACCCCCCGAUGCCAAACCAGAACUCGAUGAAUACGGGCUUCCCAAGGUGCAGCCUAUCUAUCCGUUGAUAAAGAAUGGCGCAGCUAGUCUGUUCGAAUGUGUCGCAGCUUGUAGGCCGUCAAACUACCUGCUAUCAAGCGCUGACCCCAAGGCAUUCAAGCUGUCCGAUGAUACCUUUGCGGUGCAAUCUGGCCCAAGAAAAAUCCUCAAUGGAAACCUGAUCCAGUCGCCAAUCCCAUCUGGCCAUGCUGGACGUCCAAAGGGAUCUUUGAACCGAUCAACUCGGAUCAAAAUGGCAAGUCAAACCCCUCAAAGCUUGGAAACACGAGUCAUUGAAGAGCCUCCCGAGGCGAUGGAUUUCACGCCUUCGAGGACGGUCAAAAGCAAGCUGUGGCAAGUGGAGGGCCUCUCCAAAAAAGAGAGAUUCGAGGCCAGAGGCAUGGAUGAAACCUGGACUGAGUACAAUGUUCUGGUCAUGGACAGACCCAAUGCUGGUGUUUACGUUACACCUCAGGGGAAGAGGAGACCGGCAGGCAGAAAACAAGGUCGCCCGCGACAGAGUCGGAUUGCAGUUUUCAAAUCCGACAAAUUGGCCUCUUUCACUUGGUUUGUCGAAGAUUUGAAUGACUCUGACAACGACAAGACAAUAGACGCGAGCGCCCCGGCGUCUGUUGCUCGUGAAAUGACUCCUAUGACGCCCACAACAUCUAUCGCUGGACGAUCCAAGCGAGCCCGGGCCGCUCUGGAGCCAAUCAGUUCCCCCAUUUCAACGGCGAAAAGCGAUGCCGGACUGUAUCGUGGUAGGAAUGCCAAAAGAUCCCGUACUGAUGCCAAUGAAAAAGAUCAGAGCGAAUCUGAUGAUACUGAAGCCUUGCUGCAGGCCGAGCAGUCAACGGCGCAAGAACAAGCAACUUCGACAAUUGGUCGGGACAAGAGUGCCGCUUUACACCCACUGAGCAUCGAAGUUGGUCAGGAAGUAAUCUCAAAAAGACGACGAAUCACAUCUCCAGAUCGGCUUCACGUCGAAGCUGCCUCUUCGGAACAGCCAGUUGGCUCCGUGGAACAGUCAAAGGAGUCGGCCGAUUUCAUGAAUCUUUCAGAAGAUUUGUCUAGGCAGCCUUCAUCAUCUGUUGCACCAGACUCGGCAAAGAUCGCAAAACGGCAUGCUGCGGCUGAUAGAGGCGGCUCUAUUUCACUCAUUCGGCGAAAGAUCAUCAUGGAGCUCGUGGAGAAGGCCGGUGGCGCAUAUCCAUCUGGUAAUGAGAUUUGGUAUCCGUUUGUGACGUACUGGAUGAAAUUCAACCGCAAGGAGAGGCCAGACAUGCGGACCAUAAAAACAGCGAUCAAGAAUAUCGUUGAUUCCGGCAAGCUUCGCCAAUUGACUUUCAGCGGCAAAGAUAUCAAGGGCGUGAUGGUCACCAGGACUAUCUUGGCGAAACCUGAUAUGUCCCCAAAUGAUCCUUUAAUUAAGGACAUGCAGCAACAAGUACUGGCAACUGACCCCCGCAAUCCGAGGAUCUCCUAUUCACCUCAUGUUGAGGUGGACCCUGUUUUGAUUCGGACAAACGUGCCUAUCACCCAGAGAUUCAAACUGCCUGUCGUUGCUAGUGCCACUGUCCAAUUGCACCACAAACCUGCAUUCGCUCUCUAUGAAGAGAAGAGACAGGAGCGCCAGAUCAACAAAGCGCUGAUGAAACAAUUGGAGGGCGACAUCGAAUCUGGAAAGUCUAAGCGUCUUUUGACAACACAGCGUCGACCGGCACCGGAUUCAUCAGGCUCUACACAUACAUCGAUUUCUCGACCCGCACCACGACCAAGAGGAAGGCCAAGGAUCGAACGACCGAUGAAAAUCAUUUCUGCCAUUGGGUCUACCAGCUUGUUAAUGAACCCGGGUCAAACUUUCCAUCCGCAAACUGGCACUUUCGCCACUGGAGCUCGACUUUCCAGAAGUCGACAAAUAAAGAGCAAGCCGCUACCCAUGCUACCAAUUGAGGUCACGAACUCUGUUCAGCACCUGGCUCAACUCGCACGACAAACAGAAGACCCAUCGAGAGCAUCUGAUAGGAUCCUUAAGUGGGAGCUCAAUCACGAGGAGUUCUUUGAUGCUGUUCUUGAACAUCAACCAUAUGUUGACCAGGCCGUUGACCAGAACACUUUCCAUGCAGCUCCGAUCGAGGGUGAUAUUCGCUUUGCGUUGGACCAGCCAGUCGAGGCAAUUCAAGCAGUUCGCCAGCCUAACGAACCCAGAAGGGCGCGCCGAUCCUUUAAACAAUCUGCGCCAAGACAACGUCGCCUGGAUGCGGUGGACACAUCACUUGACGCUCGCAAAGAGACCCAGCGAGAUACUAUUAAGGCGCCACUUCGCCGACAACGGAUCACGGCCGCGGUCCCUGACGCACUCUACCGAAAAAUUAUGGCGGCCAUCGUCGUUGUCCGCGUUUUGGCCGGUGGAUGGGAGGCUAGAAUGGUUGAUUGGGAUCUUGUGUCAGCAGCAUUUCCCUCCGAAGACCCAACUUUCAUCCAAGACCGAGCAAAAUCGAUUCUUAGCAAUAAUCGGCUACAGAUCCUCAAAAUGCAGCGAGAUUUCCAGGAGAGAUUCCUCGAGGCUUACAAAAAGGGCCGAGUCCCCUCAAUCGACUACUCGAAUCUCGAGGCUUACAACUGGCCGGCAGUCGUCGAAUGGGCCAACAUCGAGCUCGACGUCACCACAUCUCAGAAGGCUCCUUCUUUACCAGCGACCCGCGAGCAAUUCGAUAGCAUUUUCGAACUCCGCGAGGAUCCUGUGACCAAUGGUGAUGAGUUAUUUGGAACAACAUCGAUGAUCACCACGGUCCACAAGCGUGCUCUCACAGCCCGUGUGCCGUUCGCCAUUCCUAUGGACUCUAAGAAGGCUUCUACACCCGGGCCUCGAAAGGAAGAGCUUGCGCGCCUGGAGGUCGCCAAAUCAUGGGUUCGUGCAAACAUAGUCACACCGGAACAGGCGUACCGCCCGGAAGAAGCGAGAAAUACCCUGAGUCGCUUCGGUGGACCACUCGUCGAGUCUGCCACACAGUCUUUACUGACAGAACGAGUCAUCGGCAUGGGCAAUCGGGGCCGCAUCGUUCCGGGUCGCAACUACGAUAUCACCGAUCAUCUCCUUCAGCAAAUCAACCGUAAGCGCACGAUCGAAUGUACCAUCCUCCGUCGGGCAGUACAUUACAAAACAACCAUGCUCGACCCACAGCUACAAACCGGAGCCAGUGCCGAGGUCAGUUACACUGCUGAAGAUGGCGACAUUCUCGCGCUUAUCAACCUUUCUGCGGCCGGCCAUAUCACUUUCAAGCCCCGCGACCCGCCCCGAGACAAAUGGGGGCUACUUGACGGCAGUGGAUACCUCACCCGGCAGAUGGACAAGAACAAGCUUCGUUUUGCCAUUGAUAUAUACCCGACCCCUUCAUACAUCUACGGGAACCCGGUGCAACCUAAGAUUCAAUCCGUCGGUCCACCACCGUCACCGGUAUUCCCAACCGACAGCCUCCCCCCAAAGGUCCCUCUGUGGUUCGACAUCCAUGGGAACCUAAUUCCACACAUCUGGGAUAUGGCGAUCGCCUCCGUCAUCGGCUGCGUUGCCAUACGAGAGGGCGCUAGUGCCGAGACCAUCAGCGGAAUGAUCAAGCCUGCCUUAGGUGCCUGGGAGAUCGAGUUACUGUUGAGUUGGCUGACUGAUGUGGGUGUUGUUUCUCGAGUAGAGACUGGAGGGUACACGGGCUGGAAGGUGCUUGAAUUCUGGUGGAUGAUUCUGGGUUGA